AUGGUUCAGUCACCCAUGCUUUCCUGCCCGUUGAAGCAGACCAACGAGAUCGAUUGGAUCCAGCCCCUCAAGGAUUACAUCCGGCAGACCUAUGGCGAGGACCCCGAGCGUUAUGGCCAAGAAUGCGCGACACUCAACCGGCUUCGACAGGAUAUGAGAGGCGCUGGCAAGGAUAGUGCUACUGGACGUGACCUGCUCUAUCGAUACUACGGCCAGCUGGAGCUGUUGGACCUCCGCUUCCCCGUCGAUGAGAACCACAUCAAGAUCUCCUUUACCUGGUACGAUGCAUUCACUCAUAAGCCGACCUCCCAAUACUCCUUAGCCUACGAGAAAGCUUCCAUCAUCUUCAAUAUCUCGGCCGUCCUCUCCUGUCAUGCCGCAAACCAAAACCGGGCGGAAGAUCUCGGUGUCAAGACCGCGUACCACUCCUUCCAGGCAUCCGCGGGGAUGUUCACAUACAUCAACGAGAACUUCUUGCAUGCGCCCUCGACCGAUCUAAACCGAGAUACCGUCAAGACCUUGAUUCACAUUACUCUUGCUCAAGCUCAAGAGGUGUUUUUAGAGAAGCAAAUACAGGAUAAGAAGAAGCCUGGAUUCCUCGCGAAACUGGCUGGCCAGGCCGCCUACCUCUAUACUCAAGCCGCGGAGACAAUGCAAGACUUUGUGACCAAGAACGUCUUCGACAAAGUAUGGUCAAUCAUGGUGCAGGCCAAGGCCGCACAUCUGGGAUCCACCGCAUCCUACUUCCAGGCGAUUGCGGACAGUGAAGGCAAUUCGCAUGGUAUAGCCGUUGCUCGACUGCAGAUGGCAGAGAAGCAAGCUACUACUGCACUCACCUGGGCCAAGUCCUUCCCCUCCUCGGCUUCUGCGACCUCAAAUUUGCCGGUGGAGGCCGGAGCCAACUUGGUAGAACUUGUGAAGCACAACCUUGCAAAUGUACAAGAGAUGCUGGUUACGAUCACCAAGGACAAUGACUUUAUUUAUCACCAACCCGUUCCUAACGAAGCUGGCUUGUCUGCAGUUCCUAAACUGGCUGCAGCCAAGGCAAUCCCUGUCAGCGAGCUGUAUCAGGGACAAGAUAUCCAACGUAUCAUCGGACCGGAUAUUUUCCAGAAACUAAUUCCCAUCUCUGUCACGGAAACCGCCAGUCUCUACGAUGAGGAGAAAGCCAAGUUGAUUCGCGCUGAGACCGAGAAAGUUGAUACCGCCGAUGGCGAGAUGGCAGCCAGUUUGGAUUAUUUGAAGCUUCCAGGCAGUCUCAACAUUCUGAAGGGUGGCAUGGACCAAGAAAUGACCGUGGAUGAAGAGUUCCGCCGUUGGUGCUCAGAACUCGCAGGCCACAAGCCGUUCCACAAGGCUCUCGACGAGCUCCAGGACCGUAAGGCAGAUGUACAGACGCAAUUGGAUCAUUGCUCUAAACAGUUAGACUUGGAGGAGAGCGUGUGCGAGAAGAUGCGCUCAAAGUACGGGGCGGACUGGAGCCAGCAGCCCAGCAGCCGCUUGAACACAACUCUCCGUGGAGAUGUUCGCACAUACCGAGAUACCAUCAGCGAGGCCAGUGCUAGUGAUACUCAAUUGUCGGCCACGUUCCGACAAUAUGAAGCAGAUUUCGAUCAGAUGCGGUCGGCAGGAGAAACGGACGAGGCUGAUGUGCUCUUCCAGAAAGCAAUGAUCAAAGCUGGAUCUAAGCAUAACAAGGGAAAGAACGGUGUUAGUAGCCCGGCGGAAGGCAGUCUUUUGGAUGAUGUCUACGAUGAGGGCAGUGCAUCUGUCGCGGAACAGAUCGCAAAGGUAGAGGGGAUUUUGAAUAAGCUGAGCCUCGUCAAGCAAGAUCGGGCGACGACUUUGAAAGACCUGAAGGAGAAGGUCCGCAACGACGACAUUUCAAACGUCCUUAUAUUGAACAAGAAGUCUAUCGCUGGCCAAGAGAACCAACUAUUCGAGACUGAGCUUGAAAAGUUCCGGCCGCAUCAAACCCGCAUCAUGCAAGCGAACCACAGACAGUCUUCGUUGAUGAAGGAACUCACGAAAAUAUACGCAGCCUUGCUUCAAGAUAAGCGAGUCCAGUCUGAACAGUCCAAAUACGAGUCCAUCUCGAAACAGAGAAACUCCGUUAUGGCUCGCUAUAAGAAGGUCUAUGAAGCAUUCAAUGGCCUCUCAUCUGGUAUCCUGCAAGCUCGUACAUUCUACGCGGACAUGACCGAGAACGUGGAAAGUCUACGGAAAAAUGUCGAGACAUUUAUCAGCAAUCGCCGGUCCGAGGGUGCACAGCUUUUGAGUCAGAUCGAGCGUGACAAGGCUAGCGGCGUCUCGGAGCAGGAGGAUCGUGAACGGGAGAAGCUCCGCCUGUUGAUGGAGCGUCUCUCUACGGAACCCAAAGCAGCAUCAACCUCCCCGUCGACCGGUUCUGCUGUGGCCCCUCCCUCCAAAGUCAAAUCACCGCCACCUCCUGUCCAAACCCCAUCUUAUUCGAUGACGGGGCCAUCGCCGCAGAUGUCACCUCGUUACCCUCCUAGCAUGCCAGGUGCACCGCAACAGGCUGUCCCUCUUUCACACUCGCCAGCACCUUACGGACAAUACAACGGUGGCAACCCUGGAUAUGUACCUGGGCAGCCUUUCCAACAGGGUGCUGCUGCUCCGCUCUCCGAGGGGUACAACCCCAUGGCAUACCCAUACCAAACGCCUGUUUCCCCGCCCCCAAACCAGCAAUUCUUCUCUCAGACGCCUACUCCGUACAGCGGCUAUCCAAGUGCUAGUCCGGCACCCACCGCUGCUGCCGUGACCCCGAACUAUAUGACUCCUCAGGGAUACAUUCCCCCUCCACCUCCCCCACGCCCGCAACAAACCAACUACCCGCCCUCGGCUGGCGGAGCGUACCCCUCUGGACCCGGUGGAUAUGCGCAGACCAGGCCUUACGCACACUACAAGGCCCCGUCUCAGUCUCAACCUCAACAGCCGCCCAAUGCCAGUGACCCCUGGGCUGGCCUAAACGCAUGGAAAUGA